AUGAUUUACCAUGGAAAUGGUUUUGCAUCACUUUCAAAAACAAACAUUUCUAACUGUAUUUCAUUACAAAGACCAGGUUUUAUGUAUAGAGAUAUUGAAUCAACAGUAAAUGUUUCAUUUUGUAAUUUUGAGAAUUUAAAAGCAACUGACGCAUUGACUACUCAGUUUUGGAAAUGUCCAGGAAGAAUUGACCGAUGUAAUUAUAUAAAUAAUUCUCAAAAUAAUAAAAAUUGGGGAAUUGUUUAUGUUUCAGAUAAUAGACAUGAUAUUUUCGAUUCAUCUUUCCAAAACAAUCCUCAGAUUAACAAAGGAAAAUUAUUUGAAGCAUAUUAUGGACAAAUUUAUAUCCAUCGAUGUAGUAUUGAUUCUUAUUCAUCUGUUGGAUAUGUUGAUACAUCAGAAAAAGGAGAAGUUUCAUUUAAGAAUAUAUUAAAGUUCGUUAAUUUAAGUCCACGUGAAGGAAAUCUUGAAAUAGUAUUAUUAUUUGUUCCAAAGAAAGAAAAUAAAAUCAUUUCAUUAUGUCCAUCCAUAAAUUUUCUUUUUGGUAAAUAUCAUAUUUCUAUUUUGUUCUUGAUUAAAUGA